UGUUUUUUACACUCGUUUCGCUUUUUCUACUCUAUGGAAAAUCCGUCGUAAGUUUAGUAAAUAUUAAAUAUAUAGUUUAGAUAUCCCAAAAAAAAAAAAAAAAAGAUAAAGAAGAAAAAUUGACAACUUCACUGUACAUUGCGAAAAGUUAAAGAAUUAAAUAUUUAAAAAUCGAAUUAUAAAUUUCUAAAGCAAGGCGUAUUAAGGGGCGUGUAUUUGCGUUUUAAUGGCUAACAAUUAUCUGAAACCAGUGAAUAAUCACUUCGGUUAUGAAGACAACAAUUUAGAGGAUGUGGAUGACGAUAUUUUUUUAAAUAAUGCUCGUGCCAAAUCUUCCUAUAAAAAUGCCUCGGGCUCGAGUUUGUCUAGAGAAGCUCCUCCGGUUCACAGUACUAAUCCAUUUGAAGAAGAAUCUGUGGAGCAACAGCGUCAAAUUUUGGAAGAGCGAAAAAGACAAAUUGAAGCUCAAACUUUAAAUUCCACACAAAAAAGCCUUGGAUUGCUAUAUGAAACUGAAGAGGUGGGUAAAGCAACCGCUGUAGAAUUAGCAAAGCAACGGGAGCAACUAGAGAAAACUUCUCGUCAACUGGAAGAGAUUAAUGCCACGCUGCGGUUUAGCCAACGUCAUUUAAACAGUUUGAAAAGCGUAUUUGGUGGCUUGAAAAACUAUUUAUCAGGUAAUCGUGAUCAACAACAACCACCAUCUUCUGCCAAUUCGCCUCGCUCGCCGCCUAAUGCAUCUCAAGCACCGCAAAAUACUAAGGAUUUGAAACAAAAAUCUCCUACAGAGAAAUAUAAUAAUCAUCCUGUUUCACGAUUACGUGAAGACUCUUAUGGGCGGGAGCAACACGUGCAAAUGCAGGAACAAAAACGCAAUAAUCCAUUUGAGGCUCAACUUGAAGCCAACUUAGAGGAGAUGUGUGGAAAUUUGUCGCGUUUAAAAGGCUUGGCCAGUGACAUGAACCGUGAGAUUGAAUCUCAAAAUGAAUUCUUAGACAACAUGAAUUACAAAAUCGAGGAUAUUGAUCUUAAGAUGAAUAAACAAAACAAAGAUAUGAAUAAAUUGUUGGGUAAAAAGUAAAAAUAAAAGCAUUUGCAAUUCUAUAUUAAAUAAUAAGUUAUCGAUAAAAUCAGCUUUACAAAUAAAAUUUCCACAAAUGCUCAUUUAUUUGUACGGUUUUCUUAAAUCAUAACGUUUUAAGUAAGGAAUUGGUUAUACUAAAGCGGCAUAUUGUAUUACGACGAUGGGGCAGCACGCAGAGGAUCUUGAGAAAUGAUUCCGAACAAAUCUUGUAAAGAGGUGAAUUUAUUCAAUGCAAGCUCAGUGGCACAUUCACGUAUAAAAAACAAAAGAAUUUGAAUGCACUUCCGUAUAGGUAUAAAAGCUAUGAAUUUUUAUAAACUGCAUAUAUACAUUUUUAUUUUAAUAA